AUAAAAAUUCCGGAUUUUCCCGUUCUCAGGCUCUGCUGCGGCUGCUCCGAGGGCGGAAUUUGGGCUCGGCCAUCGUUUACUGCACGCGCCGGGAGGAGAGCGAGCGGCUGGCGGCGCUGAUCCGCCGGGAAUUCCCGGGAAUUCCGAGCCCUCAACGCCCGGAAAACAACGGGAAAAAACAGAGGAAAGGGAAAAAUGAGGAAUUUUGGGUUUCGGCCGCGUACCACGCCGGGCUGGCGCCCCGGGAACGGCGGAAAAUCCAACGGGAUUUCAUGGAAAACCGGAUCCGGGUGCUUUGUGCCACCAUUUCCUUCGGGAUGGGGUUGGAUAAAUCCGAUAUCCGGGGAAUUGUUCAUUACAACAUUCCCGGGAAUCUGGAGAGCUACGUGCAGGAAAUCGGGAGAGCCGGAAGGGACGGAAAACCCGCCUGGUGCCACCUGUUCCUGGAGCCAGAGGGUCAGGAUCUUCUGGAAUUACGCCGUCACAUCCAUGAGAAUUCCGUGGAUUUUUUGGCUGUCAAAAUUUUGAUCCAAAGGGUUUUUGCUCCUUGUAAAUGCCUGGAAAUCCAUGGAAAAAACCAGGAAAAUUCCAAGGAAAUCUCAGAAUUCCCAAAAAAUUCCCGGAUCUGCCGCGGUCACGAGCGCUCCAUCCCCAUCCAGGAAUUGGUGGAAACCUUGGAUCUUCGGGAAGAGGGUGAAAAAUUAAGAAUCAACCCCUAAAAUUCCACUCCCAGAUCCCCAAAAUCCAAUUUUUUCCAAUUUUUUCCUGCCUGCCUCCCAAAUUUCCUUCAAAUUCCUCAACUUUCUGCAAUUUCUUCCCCAAUUUUUCCCCAAGUUUCCCAAAAUUCCCCAAUUUUUUUCUUAA